AAUAUCAGCUGAUGAUCUCAGGAGGCGUAAUAUCUGUUAACUAAUAAAGGUUUGGGUUGAGCUUUCUGGCUUUUAAUUUGACAUUCAUUCCUCUACCGGAAGUCAGCAACCCGUCCAUGAUGCGUCGCUGACACGAACAAAGUGAUUUUGAGGAUGGCUGAAACUGAGAGUCUGAGCGUCAUGGAGCAGAACUCCGUUCAUGAUCCAAAGCCUGAGGCGGCAUCAGGAGCUGAUAGUUCCAGUCCUGCAGCUGAAGCUAACGGCCUGUCUGCCGCACAGCAAGAUGUUCUAGAGCGUUGUCUCCACACGCUCACUCGUGCCAAAAAUGACAGCCACAUCCUGGCAUCUCUUCUCCUGAUUACACGGAUGUGUCCAGCCAAUCAGAUGGAUUGUGCGACCCUGCAUCGAGUAUUUGAAGCGGUGGGUUUCAACCUGCCCGCACGCCUGCUGGUGACGGCGAUCCGAGGGAGCGAAAGCUCUGGGCUUCCACCUGAGGAGCUGCUGUCUCUUGGUACUGCUUUGCUGGCUGCUCUAAGCACAGACCCAGACAUGGCUAGUCAUCCCCAGCUGCUCAGUACUGUUCCUCUCUUGCUGGGAUUGCUGGAAGGUGGAACUCCGGUCAGACAGACGCAAGCUCAGAAUGACGCUGCAGCAUCUCCAGCCAGUGAGAAGACCAAUAACAGUUCUGCAUCUCAUCAGACAAACAAAGGCACACCAGGAAAAGAAGCACCGACGAGUCAUUCUGGGUUAGAGAGAGGCGAUGAGGCAGUCUCGGCUCCCAUAUCCACCCUGGAUGAGGCAGUAGCCGCUGACUGCUAUCAUGUUCUGAACUCUUUGUGUUCUCUGCCGCUGGGCCCGGAUCGGCUGCUGUCUCGUGGUGCUGUACCUGCUCUGUGCAGAGCCGUGUCUCAAAAACAGACUCUCAGCUCAGAGAAGGGUCUUCCACUCCUGGCUCAUCUCUUAUCCAGCAGAAUUAGGCAACGAGCUUGGAGCAAACACCCAUCAGAGCUGCUCUCACUCCUUGAUUGGGUCUCUCAGAACUUCAGCCAGAUUUCAUUCUUGAAGCGUCUGGAAAUGUGCACUCAGAUACCACAGUUUCUCCCUCCACCAGGAUGCGAGCCACAAACUCAAGAACUCAGGGAUGUUGUCAGUCGUCUUUGGACAACGAUGCGUCCAUUAGUUCAGGGGAAACUCGAUUUGGAAAAGCUGGGCCAUGUUCUGGUUCUGUCUGCUUGCCUGCUAGACCUGUGUGGCUGGGAUCCAGCAGGUCCACCCAAGUUUUGCUGCUUGCUGGUGAACCGGGCCUGCGUGGAGGUGAGGAUGGCACUAGAGGAGCCUCCAGGUACAAAUCUGUCUGCUCAACAGCAGCAAACCCUCACUGCCUGUUAUCGUAUCUUGGAGUCAGCCAUAGAACAAGCAUGCAUCGUGGAAAAUACUCAGCUGGAAACUGCCAUUGCUGGCUUGAGUGUGCAGCAGAGCAAGCAGGUGCUGGGGGUCUUGGAGGAAGCGUAUUCUGCCAUCAUUUUCUAUCUGCAACAGGUGGAUCCGAGCCGUUACGAUGACCCCUUCGUUUUUGCUACAUUUCGCUCUCUUUGUGCUUGGUUGGCUGAAGAAACGUCAUGUUUAAAGGACGAGAUCAUGGCCCUCUUGCCAUUUCUCAUUGGCUACACCAAACAUCACCUACAAGACAAGAAGGGCACAGGGCUGGCAGAUUGGAUGUCAACGAUGUCCUUCACUGAUGGCUCACAGGCUGGAACAUGGACAGGCGAGCAUGUGCUGAGAUAUCUCCUCCCAGCACUUUGUCACCUGUCAGCUGAGGAAAGCCCAAGAAAGGUGCUGCUCUCUUUUGGGACUCCAGCUCUACUGGUAGACUUUCUCGCUCAUGGCUGGGGAGUCCUGAAGACUCAGAGCGGGAAAACAGUAAAUAGGGAUCCCAGUCUGGAAACGGCCUGUUCAGCCCUGCUCAAUUUUGUAGUCACAGAACCUGAGCGAGUCAGGACUGAUGCUUGCUUUGUUUCCCUUGACGCAUUGCUGAGUGAAGCACUUCCAAUCCUCAUCCACAAGUCUCGCCUGUUGGUUCUGACUGCCAACUUCUGCACUCUGGGUCUUAUGAUCAACAGAUUAAAAACAAACAAAGCAGGCCAGGGACAUUCCAAUCAGCAGCGGUUCUUCUCCUCUGCCCUGCGUUUCCUUCGAGGGGCAUUACAAGCAGUUGAGGGAAAGGGCCAGGCACAAGUCUCCGCUGUGUGGGCACCAUGGUGGGAGGAGGUAUGUGAGCUCUGGAGGCUCAGUAUGCAGGCUCUGGGUGGCUGUGUGAAUGCACAGCCCUGGAUAGCCACCAUCAUCAGGGAGGAGGGCUGGCUGCAGAACAUCCUCAGCCUGCUGGAAUCCAGCUGUUCUCUUCCAGACUCUCAUUCACUGGAGGCCCUUGAGGAGGCUCUGUGUGCCGUGGCCCAUAACUGCCCAGUUUGUCAACAAGAUAUUAGUGUUUGUAUGAAAAAGGAAGCAAAGAACUCACUCCACUGUAUGCCACAACUCAAGAAGAUUCUAAUGAGCUAAGAUCAUAAGCAAUUAAAUAAUUCAACUGAUAGUGUUCUUUUGUUUAUAGCUUUAUGAUGCAGAAAUUCAAUAAAAACAUAUUUUGCUUAAA